AUGGCCACUCUAGCCGAACUAAACCUUUUGACAGCCUCGCCGCUGCCCAACUUUAACUCGACUCAUGACCCCGAAUUCGAUUCCUUCCUCAACCUCGACCAAACCGCCUUUCCUACCUCCGAAUCCAUGAAGUCGAAUCCUUCUCUCAUCUCUCAGCCGUCCAUGGCAACAUCAGAAGCCGGUAUCACUGAUAUGGGACCAUCGUAUUCCGGGCCUAGUCAUCAAUAUGGAGAUCAUCAACAACAGACUGGAUUUCCGCCUGAUGCCGUCGCUCAUGCCAUGGCUUACAACGACAGUUCUCUAGGCGCUUUGCAUGCUGGACAUCAAGGUUUCCCCGUGACUGACACCAAAUACAUUCAUUUGAAACGCGAAGAUUCGACGGUUGAUUUUGGCACCGCUCCAUCUCGCAGUCAUUCGGAGAUGGAUACCGAGACCGACAACAAACCCUUCUUCGUCCCUCCCGGCAAUACCGUCAGAAGCCAACAAUUCAUUAACCCUACCGCUUUAGGAGGCCUUGAAACGCCCAUCAUCGCUCAUCCCGCACCGCAGGCCGGUCGGGUGUAUCCAGGAAUGCACCAGCAGCAGGCUGCUAUGGCGCGCGCCGCCCAACAGCAGAAACAGCAAGCAGAAAUUAUUCGCCAGCAACAACAAAUGCGAUAUCGUCAAGCCGAGCAGUUUGUUCGCCAAACACCAACCGAACCGCGUUCUCUCCCACGUGCUGUUCGACAACAGACAGACCCUGCCGUCGAAGAGCGGAUAUCGCGUUUGUUGCAACAAAUGCGACAGAGUAGUCUUGGUCAGGACGGCCAUCUAUCCACACCGUCAUCUCUUCUGCCUCACAUGGCAAAGCAGAAGAAGGAGGAAGAGGAUAUGGACGAAGACGAACGUUUGCUAGCUAGCGAGGAGGGUAAGAAGCUUACCAGCAAGGAGCGACGCCAGUUACGAAACAAAGUCUCUGCGCGUGCUUUCCGCUCUCGCAGGAAGGAAUAUAUCACUCAACUCGAAGGCGAAGUUGCUUCUAAAACGAACGAGAACAACGAACUGCGACGUCAGAACCACGCACUAGCGGAGGAAAACAGUCGUCUUACCGAACUCACGCGCAUGCUUCUUUCGUCACCUCACUUUUCGGAUGUCUUAAAUGACCUCAGCACCAAUGGAUUGCCAGCCCAAGUACAGGUUGCUGCUCAAAUUCCUCAACUUCCACAUCAACCAAUGGUAUCUCAGGCUUCGAUUCCCACAACCGUUGCCGGUCCUCAGGUCAACAUGAACAUGGUCUCAGACAACCACAUGGACGUCUACGGUGCUGGUUGGAACUCGGGCAUCGAUAUGAACUACAAUCCUUCUAUUUUUGCUAUUUUCGAGGUUCCGGAACCGGCUAUUGAACCAGAGAUUCUCUCUGGAAAACCAUCUAGCUUCGAAACACCUCUUGAGUCCAGUGAAUCGUCAAAGGUAGAGGUUCUUCAGCUUGAGCGACCUCCUAUUACUGUAUCAACUGUCGUGAGCACUAGCGAAGUCACUGAAGCAACCGAAGAGCUGGAUGCGACCGACCCAUGCUUCGCUUUGUUCUUGGACAAUAUCCCAUGUGUAUUAAAUGGAUCAACCGCCCCCUUGUUCAACGGACUUGAAUCCGAAAAGCCUUGUCAAUAUACGCUCGUUGUGGUCCAGGAAUCAGAAGAUGUUUCGGAGUCCUCUAUACGUGAUUUUAAACAGCUAUGUUCCAGCAUGGACGCGGCAUUUGAACGCGUAUGCAGGGUGACCGACUAUCUGCUGUGA